UACUGUUGUCAACAAAGCUGGAGGGAACUUUAAUGACGUAGUUCCUGCAACGAUCUCCCCUCACACAACCUGUCCGACUGGAACCAAGAUGUCGCUCUCCUUCAACCACCGCGUUUCAAUGUUAUGCAGAGCGGCUAGGGCUUCUUUACAGCUGUACAGACAUCAGCCGAAGACAACCAGCAAUGUCUCUCUAUUACGAACAGUGUGUAGCUCAGUUGGAGAACAGAAGCAUAAAGUGGAGGAGUCGGAAGCUGAAUACAAAUUUGUAGAAAGACUAAUUCCACCAUCGCGAGUGCCUACUCCACCUAAACGCGAUGGUCCUGCCCCGUCAGGAUGGACCCCUCCAGCAGAGGUGGUUCCUGCGUUGCCGUACAUGAUCCGCCGCUCGCGCAUGCACAACAUCCCUGUGUACACUGACAUCACACACGGCAGUCGAAGAACGACACUCUUACGCAAGGUAGAAGGAGACAUCUGGGCUCUUGAAAAGGAUGUGAAAGAAUACCUCAAAGAAGUUACAGGCAAAGACCUUCCAACACAGGUCAAUGAGGUGACCAUGACAGUUCGAGUCAAAGGCCACUUUGAUCAAGAACUGAAAGAGUGGCUGCUGAAGAAGGGAUUCUAACAGGACAAGUGGGUCAGUCAAGUGAGGGGAAGCCCAUUGCUAAGUCACUGCAAUUCUACAGUAACUUCUCAGAGGAAGAGACGACUUCAUGAUUCACAGACGUAAACAUUAAUGCUGUCAGACAUCCAACUGUUGUCUGACUACAAUAUGAAGCUUGUCCAAGAUGUCAAGAAAAAGUAUUUAUAUGUAACACAACAAACAAAUGUAGUUCAAAACAUCAGUUGUCUUUGAUAUGUUAUUUUAUAAUAAAUACAUACUCCGUUGCAAA